AUUUAUUUUUAGCUAGUAAAUAAAACUAAUAAUUACUUUAUUAGAUAUAUGGCGAACGCUUAGCACUUCUAAGAAUUGAUUUAGAUUCUAUAAUAAGAUGGAACGAAGAGGUCUGUUUCAGAGCUUCAAAAAAUGAUUGAAAUAUGCAACAAACAUCUUGAUUUUUUCUAAAAGUAUAAUUUAAAUGCUUUGCUAGAAGAAGAUUAAAUCUUAGACUUCUACAGAAACCUUUCUUUAUUUAAAUUCAAGGUGCCAAAAAAAUAAACUUAAAAGCCAAAAUAGCUUUAAGGAUAGGGAUUGCUUUUUUUGCUAGAAGGAGAGUUGAGUAGAUACAUAGUUAAUAUCAGAAAUGAAAACUAGUAAGAAAAUGAAAAAAAUGUAAACAGUGAGCCACUGUACUCACUACAAACUUUUUCUCCUGGAGAAGAAAUAGGGUAGAUAAUGGAUUUCUUUAAAAAAUCUUAGGCUUUUAGAAUUGAGAUUUCUUGUGUUAGAGAUUGCUUAUUUAUGCAAUUAAAUUAAGGUUACUUUUAAUAGUAUCUAGAAUAAUAAUUGAAAUAGUUUAACUAAAGCUAAGUAUAUUUUUUAAGAGAUAUUACUUAUUUCUCUCAUCUGACUCGUGAUGAGAUUAUGUUGAUCUAUAUGACCAGCAAGUAUCAAUAAAAUCUAAAAGGGGAUUUAGUUCAUAAUCCAUAAAAAUAAAAAUCGACCUAACCAGGCACUAUUAAGAUCAUAUUAGAAGGAGAGUUUUUGGCUAGGUGUCAAGUAUCACUCUAAUCUAUUGAUUAUUUGAAUUCUUAAAAGACAGAUUUAUCAUCACUUUAAAAAAUUGUUUAGAAAAAAAAUGUCUACAACUCAUUAUUUUUACAAUCUCCUUUUGAUUUUUUUGGAUUAGAAUAUUAUAAUCUUAAUUAAAGUGAAAAUAUUUCUCAAGACAGCUACAAUUAUGAAAUUAUCUGCCAUUCUUAAUUUGCAAAAAUUCUUUGUAUUUGGCCAAGUAUAAUUUAAAUAAUUAAUAACAGCCAUUUUGAAAAAUAAAUGAUUUAACUUAAAUAAAAUUAAAUGAAUCUUAUAAAAACUAAACUUUCCAAGAUUUUGGAUUUACAAAACUCUAUUACUAAAAACAAAAAGAGGUAGAGUAAAAUUGAAUAAAAAUCAUUAAGCUCGCUUGAAGUUCCAACUGAUAUUUUAGGUAAUUCUCCUCAAAAAAGUUAGAAUAACACAAUGUUAAAAAAUUAGACAAGUGCACCUUCACAAAUUGUCUUGCCAGCCGUUUUUUAAGAUGAAAUAAUGCUUAAUGCUUUAAGUUCAAUAAAAUCUAUAAAAGAUCUAUCUCAUAAUAAUAAUUAUAUUUAAGCAAAAAGACAAAGUCAGAAUAAAGACUCUAACGAAAUUUUGAAAAACUCAAAUACUAUCGAUGUAGUAUCAGCAUUUAAGUAAAAUAGAAAAAAUAGUUUGAUUUAUGAAACUGAAAGUAGAAAGUUAAAUGAACAAAAAUAGAAUUUACAACUUAAAAAUAAGCAUAAGAAUGAAUUAAAUUAAAAGAGUGUUGAUUACAUUUCAUAUGACUAAAUAAACAAAUAGAUAGAAAAUUUAUUCAAUUCGGAAAAGCAAUCUGAAUAAAUAAAUUUUAUUAGAAACCAAAAAAAUCAGAAUAAUAAUAAUGAAAAUUAAUUGGAAGAUAGAUAAAAUUCAUUAAGUUUAAACAAAAGAAAUUCAUAAAGUUACAGAAAGAAUACUCACUUUUUUAUACAUCAUUUAAAGAAAACGAUUGAUAGUGGUAAUGUAAUUCCUCAUCAAAAACAAAACUUAUCAAUCAAUGAUUUAAAUUAAGCCAACCAUGAGGAUUAAUUUGUAAACAAAAAUAUAUCAUUUUAAUAUUUACUUCCUCAUGUGGAUUCAAUUUAAAACUUAACUGAAUUGUCAAAUAAUAAAUCAAGAGACGAACUGAAAGCAAAAAAGAAAAAGAGUAUCUAUUAGUAUGAAAAUUAAAAUACAUUUUUACCUAAAUUAAAUGAACUCAAAUAAUCAUAAAAUUAUUAUCAUGCAAAUAAUUCAAGCAAAAAAGAAAUUUCUAAGCUUUACUUACAAAACUUAGAUCUCUCAUCUCUUAAUGAAGACUCUUAAUCGUAUAAUAUAAAGUAAGAUAAACUAAAUAAUAGCAUUAUUCAUUAAAAUGAUUAGAUAGUUAAAGCUUUGAGAAAAAAAAUAGAAGAAGAAAGUAGUCUAACUCAAAGAAAGAAAGUUGCUUCAUGUCAUGAAAACUCUUAAAGCUUACUUUAAAAGCAAUUUUAAAAUAAGAUCUACACUAGAAAAAAAAUAAUUAGACCUAAUUAGGAGGACUAAAGCACAGAUAAAAAACUUUCGGUAGACAAAUCAAGUAGAAGAGAGCUCUCUGUGUAAGAAAAUAAAGCAAAAAAGAAGGAAUAAUAAGAUAAUAAAAGAUUUUAUUUAUAAAUUGAUUAAAGUUUAAGAUAAAAAAUAGAAUUCGAUACAAUAAAAAAUACUUUACUUAAACACACUAAUAACUAAUCUUAUACAGAAAUAGUCUCUUCAAAAUUAGAAUCUCAAAAAGAAAGAUCACCUUAGCAAAGCUUACAAAAAUCAGAAAAAAAGAAUAGUUUAAGCAAAAAUUUAAAUAAAUUAAUAGAUUAAAUUCACAAUUCUUAAAACUAAAAAAAGAUUACAGUGAACUAAAGUUAAAAAUAUUAUGAUGGAAUUUAAAAUAAUUCAAUUGUUUUAAGUAAAUAGAUUGAUUUAAAUCUAACAUCUAUAUGA